AACCACGCUCGUUCCUUUAGCGCAAGACUCAGGAAUUCCAGGACCUUUGGAGUUGGCCGCGCACACACUCUCACACUGUCACGCACACACACACACACACACUCACUCACUCACUCACUCACAGACACACACACACUUCCACUCACGCUCGGUGCUUUUCUUGUGGUGAUACAAAUCACAGCGGGACUCUCAGAGAGUGAGAGAGAGAGAGAGGGAGAGAGAGAGGGAGUAUAAGAAAGAAAGAGAGAGAGAGAGAGAGAGAAUUAGAGAAUAGCCCUUUACCCCCCCUCCAUUCCUGUGGACUAUUUGACCAUGGCACCUGCCAAUGGGAAAGUGACUCGGAGGGGCUGAGGACUGAAACGGGACGCAGGCAGAGGAAGCUGUGGAUGACAAAGGUCUCUUGCACCCGCCUGUGAACUUUCCUCCCCCCCAUCCUCGGAGCUGAGAGGUGAACCGCGGAUCGUCCCGUGCAGGGCAGCGGGCCUGGCAGCAGAACCUUCCAGAGAACCAGGGAGAACAUCAUACAGAACACCCGAGACGCCAAGCACCAACCAGAAACCUCGUAAAGUUCAUAGGGAGAUUCGAAAAACGUGAUCGAGACUCAGAGGCGAGCAGGACCAGGUCUGAACCUAGACGGGUCCAAAGGCAGGGGGACCGUUCUGACUGGGAUUAACUGAGGCCAGACGAGAGUUAACAUUUCUGCAGCAACCGAGGAAAUAUCAGGCAUCGUUAAAAAAUAAAUAAAGGCUAAAAUAAACUGUAAUUAAGUGGAAACUGAGCAGAAAUCGGCCAAAAUCCACGUCUCCGACACUGGAACCCGUUUAGACUCGAGCCAAGAUGAUGACCAUGAUGAUGAUGAUGGCGGCCAUGAUGGUCACCUGCAGCUCCCUGCUGCUGCUGGGGCUGGCCGCCGCCCACGCCUCCUCCAGCGCCAUGCCGCGCUCCUCCUCCCCAUCUUCCUCCUCCUCCUCUUCCUCCUCCUCCUCCUCUUCUUCCUCGUCCUCCUCGUCCUCCUCGCCGCGCAUGAAGCUCUCCUACAAAGAGCUGCAGCAGUUCCACGGGGUGCGGCGGUUCGAGCUGGAGCGCUCCUGCUGCUUCAGCGCUCUGCUACUGGACGAGGAGAGGGGCCGGCUCUUCGUCGGGGCGAGGAACUUCCUGCUGUCGCUCUCGUUGGACAACAUCGCCAAGCAGGAGCACAAGAUCUACUGGCCCGCCCCUGUGGACUGGAGGGAGGAGUGCAACUGGGCCGGCAAGGAUAUCAACGAUGACUGUGUGAAUUAUGUGAAGAUUGUGCACCACUACAACCGCACCCACCUGUACGCCUGUGGGACCGGGGCCUUCCACCCCACCUGUGCCUUCGUAGAGGUGGGACAGAAGAUGGAGGACCAUGUGUUCAGGAUCGACCCGUCCAAGGUGGAGGAUGGGAAAGGGAAGAGUCCGUAUGAUCCUCGCCACACCGCUGCCUCCGUGCUCAUCGGCGACGAGCUGUAUGCGGGCGUGGCCACGGACCUGAUGGGGCGAGACUUCACCAUCUUCAGGAGUCUGGGGAAGCGGCCCUCCAUCCGCACCGAACAGCACGACUCACGCUGGCUCAAUGAACCAAAGUUUGUCGGCUCCUUCUGGGUGCCGGAGAGCGAAAACCCGGACGAUGACAAGAUCUUCUUCUUCUUCCGGGAGACGGCCGUGGAAGCCCAGGGCCUCGGAAAGUCCACUUAUUCCCGCAUCGGACAGCUCUGCAGGAAUGAUAUGGGUGGCCAGCGCAGUCUGGUGAACAAGUGGACGACAUUCCUGAAGACCCGUCUGAUCUGCUCGGUGCCAGGAGCCGACGGCAGCGACACGUACUUCGACGAGCUGCGCGAUGUGUUCCUGCUGCAGACAAGGGACAGGAAGAACCCUCUGGUCUACACGGUCUUUUCCACUUCCAGCAGUGUGUUUAAAGGCUCAGCUGUGUGUCUCUACACCAUGAAUGACAUCCGGAGGGCCUUCCUGGGGCCCUUCGCUCACAAAGAGGGGCCCAACUACCAGUGGGUCCCGUUCCAAGGCAAGGUGCCCUACCCUCGCCCCGGCAUGUGUCCCAGCAAGACAUUCGGCAGCUUUGAGUCCACUAAGGGAUUCCCUGACGAUGUGAUCCAGUUCGCCCGCCACCACCCCCUCAUGUUCAACCCAGUCUAUCCCCUGAACCGCCGACCCGUUUUUCUCAGAACCAACGUGGACUACAGCUUCACGCAGAUCGCUGUGGACCGAGUCAGCGCUGCCGACGGACAGUACGAUGUCAUGUUUAUCGGCACAGAUAAAGGAACUGUGCUGAAGGUGAUCAGCGUUCCCAAAGAGAGCUGGAACAACAUGGAGGAACUUCUGCUGGAAGAACUGGAGGUCUUCAAGGACGCCUCCUCUAUCAUCAACAUGCAGAUCUCCUCAAAACGGCAACAGCUGUACGUGGGCUCAGAAAAAGGCAUCGCCCAGGUUCCCCUUCAUCGCUGCAGUGUGUAUGGGAAGGCCUGCGCCGAGUGUUGCCUGGCCAGAGACCCGUACUGCGCCUGGGACGGGACGUCCUGUACGCGCUACCUGCCCAACACCAAGAGGCGUUUCCGUCGCCAGGAUGUGAGGAACGGAGAUCCAAACACCCUGUGCUCUGGAGACCAUCACAAGCACCGUGUGGCAGAGAGGAGGCUCUAUGGAGUCGAGGGAAGCAGCACUUUCCUGGAGUGUAUCCCCAAAUCCCUGCAGGCCCGAGUCACCUGGACCUUCCAGAAACAUCCGCAGAACCCCCGGGAAGAGGUGCGUCUAGAUGACCGCAUCCUCCAGACGGACCGAGGCCUUCUAAUUCGCCGCGUCUUGAAGAGAGACAUCGGUGUCUACCAGUGCCACGCCAUGGAGCACGGCUUCACCCAAACCUUACUAGGCAUCACCCUAGAGGUAGUCCCGUCAACUUCCCCGUCCAUCUCCAACUUACCCUCGGAGCCCCCUGUCCGAUUGGACCCCCGCAGCGGAGGCGGGCCACCAUCCACUAAUCAAAAGCUGUGGUACCGGGACUUCAUGCAGCUGGUGGACCACCCUAACUUGAGCACCGUUGACCAGAUAUGUGAGCAAGUUUGGGCGCGCAAGAGUGCCGGCGACCAACCGGAUAAGAGUUUCCCCGCGGCAGGGAAGCAGGUCCCGCCUCUGAGCCCCGUGGCCCGCCCUCCUAACAAGAAGUGGAAGCAUCUUCAGGAGAUAAGGAAGGGGAGAAACCGCCGAACCCACGAUGGGAAACCGAACCCUCGGGCGCCACGCAGCGCGGGGGAGUAACAGCGGGCGGAGAGAGUGAUGGAGAGAGAAAAGAAUGACUGACACAGAGAGAAAAGGAGGAGCGGAGAAAGGAGGAUGGAAAGAGACUGAGAGACCAAGAACUACUGGAGGUGUUGAAAUAAACGCAUAUACAGAUACACCCACUUCACAUACACACACACACACACAAACACACAUACACACACAGCACCUCCUAUGUUGUGAAUAUUUAUCUACGGAUGCCCCCACUAUAUUCUACCCCGAUUUCCCCCCAACCAACAUCAACAAAAACCCUUGAUUCCCCAGUCCUCGUACCACUGGCCAGCCCUGCAUGUACUGCCUUACUGCCCACAUUGAUUCUGCACGACCCCUUUACUGUCCCACUAGCAUAGCCGAGUGUAUAAGCAGGUGUACUGGGCGCAUACCCGCCUCUAACUUUGAGCACAACGCUUACACUCACCGAUCAUUCCCAUUGCAACUGACUAAAGAUGGAUGGUGCGUUCACAGCACAGGUUAACCGUGUUUUUGUCUGGGUAUCUAGAUGCUAACCCAGUUACCAGUGACAGAUACUGUAUGUGGAUGGUGGUGUUCGGUAUAAACACCUCCACUUUGGACUGCACCACUGCACCCCUGAUCAAAAGCUGCCCCAAAGUUGUACGGAUGAACUCCAAACCACUGCAGAGCGGACCAAAAAGUUGGACUCCAGGUGUCGCAAAACAUGGAUAAGGGUGUUGAAACGUCAACAUAUCAACUGGAACAAACUGGAAAGCCACGGCCGACGACUGGAAUAAUGCAGCUGGAAUAUUAUACACACAUCACUGGUCCAAUACGGAAUACAAAUGGGCACACGCGUAUGGAGACACAUGCACAUGCAUCGGCAUGCACGCUGACACAAACACUGAUGUCCCUUGACUUUUUGGACAACAACAAAAAAAAUAUCUAUUUAUAUCUUUUCGACACAGUUCAUCCACUUUCUCUGGUAUUCUGUGUGCACAUGUCUUCAGUGUCCUCACAAGUCCCAGUUUUGUUUUUUUAUGCAAGGUACAAAAUGCAGUCAUGGUCGAGGUAAAGCUGCGGUCGGGUGUCACAGCACGUUGCAGAACCGGCUCCUUAGGCACAACGAGGCAUGUCACAGCAAAAUAUAUCACAGUAACAAUGCAGUCAUGGUUUAUACAGCAGUCGUAACUGGCCGGAUGUGAUUAUAUCGCUUUAUUGGUCCAAAACCACUAGGAAAGGAAGGGUGGACAGACUACUGGCAUUCCACGGUGAGAGAGGAAGGAUCAGACGUUUUACGCGGUGAAAGCGGGAGCACAAAGGUGUAAACCUCUGUGUCGUGAUUGUAAAGUAAAUCAGCGCCCCUUUACCACCGUCAGACUUAUCUAAACAUGCUUUAGAUAGGUCUAUGCAGUGUCUCUCUGCACAAAGACAAAAAUUUCAUGUAGAAUUGGAAGCAAAUACGUCAAGAUGUUUUUGCAUCCAAAAAAAAAAAAUCCCUCUUAAAUCCACAAUUUCUUGCUCCAGUACCGGGCUGUGUUCAGUAUGUCUCACAUUUCUACAGUAUUUGGGGAUCAUAAGGAGGGACUGUGAAUAUGGUGAUUUGACUAUGAAGCAUUAACAUGAUGAUGAUGAUGAUAAUGAGGAGGAGGAGGAAAGUGGGAAAGUGAAAAAUGGGUACAAGAUGCGUCCCUUUCUCAGCAAGUCCUAGUGGACUCAACUCAAUGACAACCCAUGCUUUUGGGCUACAGUACAGUAUAUUAGCAUGAUAUUUAUGAGUGAAAAUAUGAUUUUUUUUUUUUUUUUUUUAAAUAAUUCUAAGAGGUACUUCCGCUCCUUGCUCUUUUACACUGUUGUUGCGUAUGUUGUUUGUGAUAAAUAGAUAUAUGCAAAUGAUACCUGGGGUGAGUGUGUCGGCCUCACUCGCACACUGACAAGUGACUCUUCAUCCAACAUGGUUUUAAAAAAAAAAAAAAGAGAGAGAGAGAAAACAAAAACUUGUCCUCCUGCGCGACUCACCUUCAUUUCCACUCUUUGCAAAUAAUCUUCCUCAUGAUUUUUUACACUCUUGUGGUAGCAUCGCAGUCAUUUCCGGUUGAAUAUCACCAUCAUUUGCUGCUUAACGAUGUCAUCUCCUUCUACUGGGCGAUAAGGACGAUAAGGUCUUCCUUCCCUCUGUCUAUAGUCCUAUCUCUCUCUGUGUAUUACCUGUAAAGAAACCCUGUUUGUUGGUUCUAUGUGAUAACAUGGUGUGUGUAGCCUGCCCCCCAGUGUCCAUUGUGUGUAUAGGCCUCGGUUGGAGAGCCUACCUGUGGUACGAUGGCGUAUACUUUAUAUCAUAGUCUAUCCAUGUGACAGAAAACAGCUGGCUUUGUAAGAUAAAACAUGCUUUUUAUGUUUUGCUCUCAUGAAAAUUUCAAUAUACCUUUUAUGAUGGAUUUAAAGGCCUGGUUUGUGCCGCCGCUUGGGAUCAGAUACACUGUGAGCUUUGUUUUCGUAAAGGUACGAAAGGUGCAAAAGUGAUGUUGUCAUUUACAAAAUACAAGCAGGGAAUACAAUCAUGUUAUCUUGGUUGUUUUAGUUUGCAUGUGCGUUAUAAAAGUAUGCUUUUCAGACAAUUUAUGUGAAAAAAGGGUGUCAUCCAUGUCCAAAAAGUCUUCAUCAACUACAGAAAAACCAUGUGCCAAACAGAGGAAACACAAUCAGCCGAGGAAAAUGUGUUCAAGUCUUUUGGAAACAAGUCCCCUUGGUCCCACGUGCACGCAGCACAAACUAGGCCCAUGAAUGGAUUUUAGAUGUAUGGAAUCAUUGUCGUUGUUAUUUAUAUACCUGCUUUAUAAAGAUGUAAUUAACUCUUUAAACUGAACUGAACUGAACUGACUGACGCCUGUAAAAAAAAAAAAAAAAAAAAAAAAGGGA